AGCAGCUUUUGACAGGUAAGAAGUUUUGGGAGAGUGACGAAGCUGGAAAAGAUGGACCGAAAGGGAUCUUCCUGGACCAGUGGAGGGACAGCGCGUGGGGGGCCACAGACCACUCGGUGUCUCAGCCAAUCAUGGUGUCUCAUCGGCCGGGCGGGGGUUUCCAUGGCGGCGGGGAGGUGGGCGGGUCAGUGAUGUCACCGCGGUCAGAGAGCGGGGGCUUAGGAGUCAGUAUGGUAGAAUACGUCCUCUCUUCUUCUCCCGCCGAGAAACUGGACUCCUGCCUCCGUAAGGGACCUUUCGGUCCGAGGGAUGGAGAGGUGGAUGAGGAGAAGAGGGAGAAACCAAAGGCUCCAUUUGAAGGAGAGAAACUCAAGGAGAUGGUAGAGGGUGACGGCAUCAGUGAUGUCAUCAACCUCAACGGGCUCCCCGUGCAGAACGGCCUGGACGUGGACGGCAAGGAGUACAGUCGUCAAGGCCAGAUACUGCCCGCGGGGCCAGACACUGACGUAAUAGGGGGUGUAGUAGGGGAGGGUAUGGUCUCCAUGGGAGGUGGUGGUGGUCCCAAACCCCAAGAGGUCUUCUCUGGGGUGGAACAUGGUGUUACCAUGGAUACCAUGCAGUCUGUGAUGGAGCCUUUGCAGUUUGACUACAACACCCAGAUGGCCAUGGACUCUCAGCCCACCGUGGGCCUGUUCGACUACAGCAACCAACAACAGUUGUUCCAGAGACCCAGUGCUCUAGCGGCCCAACAGCAGCAGUAUGCCUUGGCAGCAGCACAGCAAUCUCACAUUGGUUUGGCUCAAGCGUUUGUUCCCAACCCUUACAUCAUCAGUACUGGUCCGCCUGGAACCGACCCCUACGCUGCUGGACUGGCAGCUGCUGCAACACUGGGCCCGGCGGUGAUGCCUCCCCAGUACUACGGGGUGACUCCCUGGGGAGUGUAUCCAGCCAAUCUGUUCCAGCAACAGGCUGCGGCCGCCAACAACUCAGCCAAUCAACAGGCUCAAGGACAGAACCAGCAGAACCAACAACAGGUGAUGCGUGGGGGCGGUAACCAGCGACCCCUGACCCCUAGCCACGGUCAACAGGGUCAGCAGAACGACCAGCUGAUCUCUGCCGCAGCAGUCAACUCAGCGCUCGCCUUCGGACAGGGGCUGGCUGCCGGCGUGCCUGGCUAUCCCAUGCUGGCUCCAGCUGCUUACUAUGACCAGACGGGGGCGCUAGUGGUCAACACAGGAUCUAGGGGUGGGCCCGUACGCCUCAUGACCCCCGCAGGCUCAGUUAUUAUCUCUCCCUCCGCUGCACAAGCAGUGGCGGCAGCGGGUGGCGGGGCUAACGGUGGUAUGGGAGGCGGGGCCAAUGGUCAGUUCCGAGCCAUGCAAUCCCAGCAGCCUCAGCAGCAGGGGGGAGGGGUUAUGUCAGGAAACUCCUUUUAUGGAUCUUCUCUUAGCAACUCAUCCCAGAGCUCCUCCCUCUUCUCUCAAGGCUCCGCCCAGCCGGGCCCCGGCUCCGCCUCUCUGGGGUUUGGUCAGAGCAACUCUUCACUCGGAGCUACGUUGGGCGGCUUUGGCACUGCAGUGGCUAACUCCAGCGGUGGCAACAGUUCUCGUCGUGACUCACUGACCGGCAGUAGUGACUUGUACAAACGCACGCAGUCCAGCCUCACUCCCAUUGGCCACGGGGGGUUCUACAAUGGAACCCUGGGCUUUAGCUCCUCCCCUGGUCCGGUCGGAAUGCCUCUGCCCAACCAAGGCCCCUCCCACUCCCUAACUCCACCCCCCUCUCUGUCCAAUCACAGCUCCUCAUCCAACCUCAACCUGGGAGGUCUGACCAAUGGCAGCGGUCGUUUCAUAUCUGCUGCUCCGGGGGCAGAGGCGAAGUAUCGCAGCGCCAGUUCUGGCUCCUCCCUCUUCUCUCCCAGCAGCCAGCUCUUCCCGUCGUCACGGCUACGUUACGGAAUGUCGGACGUGAUGCCUUCAGGGCGCAGCCGGCUCCUGGAAGACUUCCGGAACAACCGCUACCCCAACCUGCAGCUGAGAGAGAUUGCUGGGCACAUCAUGGAGUUCAGCCAGGACCAACACGGCAGCAGGUUUAUCCAGUUGAAGUUGGAGCGGGCCAGCUCAGCGGAGCGUCAGCUGGUCUUUAGUGAGAUGUGUUUGUACUCUCCACCCACCCCUACGGCUGUAGAGUGAUCCAGCGUAUUCUAGAACACUGUCUUCCAGACCAGACCCUGUCCAUUCUGGAGGAGCUGCACCAACACACGGAACAGCUGGUGCAGGACCAGUAUGGUAACUACGUGAUCCAGCACGUACUAGAACACGGCAGAGCAGAGGACAAGAGUAAGAUAGUAGCUGAGAUCAGAGGAAACGUACUGGGACUCAGUCAACACAAGUUUGCCAGUAAUGUAGUGGAGAAGUGUGUGAGCCAUGCGUCUCGUGCGGAGCGGGCCGUGUUGAUAGACGAGGUGUGUAGUCUGACUGAGGGGCCCCACAGUGCCUUGUACACCAUGAUGAAGGACCAGUACGCCAAUUACGUGGUGCAGAAAAUGAUUGACGUGGCCGAACCCACACAGAGAAAGAUCAUCAUGCACAAGAUCCGGCCCCACAUCUCCACUCUGAGGAAGUAUACGUAUGGAAAACACAUCCUGGCCAAGCUGGAGAAAUACUACAUGAAGAAUGGAGUGGACCUGGGGCCUCUCUGUGGCCCUCCCAACGGCAUCAUGUAAACUUUACCACCCUUUUCAACACUCUUAACUCUUGAGGACAAGACGGACCAACGGGAACGUCGGACGUGCUCAGUAGAUCACCGGCUGGGUUGGUGGAGGAACCGUGGUGAUUCAACYUGUAGGACAGCCACCCUCUGUGUACAGCUGACGUUGUAUUGGAAUGUCAUGUCUUUUAUACCAUAACCCCUAGCCCUAUACCCUACAUGAAAAAUGACAUGUUAACUACUACCCACAAACAACCCAUUUCCUACCACCCGAUGGUCUAAACCCUAUACCCCCCCCCCUCUUUUCCGCUCCUAACUGAGAAUAAUGUAACUGCUGUCCUACCCCCCCCCCAUGACAUCAUGUUAGAACCCUCUUUGCCUACUCCAAACCCACUCCCUUUCCCUUCCCACUCUUAUCGCCAUGGUAACCCAUUGGUAAGCCUGUGUCUAAACAGGAAGCCUUGGUUAGUUUUAUCCGUCCCCCACACCAAGCCCUACCCUGUUGCAGGGAGGAGACAGGGGAGGUGAGGGGGAAGGUGAGAUGCGUCCCACCCUUCGUUCCUUCUCUCUGUUCUUGUUUUUCUUUAUUUGUCUUUUGGAUAAACUAGAAAUCAUUUCAUUUUUUUUUUUUGCUACUGCCGUGGCAUUCACAGUUUCUGUUCGUAUCGCUAGUAUGGGAUGGAACGUAUUUAAUUUGACUGCCUACGUCACCAAUUCAUAGUCCCAUACACAAACCACAAGCCAUGUGCUUACCAGCAGAUUAUUAACAUGGAGGUUAGUUUCCAGUCCUGCUUCAUAUAUAUAUAUAUAUAUUUAGUGUGUAUACUUGGUGUAGACCUUUGCAUAUAUAUAAAUAUAAAAGACUUUGUAGUUUUUCUGUUUGACUAUCUAUAAUGUAUCCUAGUAGUGAACAACAUUUCUGACUGUAUAAUUGUCAUUUGUAACCCU